UUGUCAAGCAAACGCGAUAACAAGAUACGCUAUCUUGUGUAAACAAAAUAACUUAUAUUAGUCUGUGCUUGGAUGAGGGUGAAGCAUCUUGUGUUAUUUUACAGUACAUCAAUCAAAAUGAGUCGAACACCGGAUCCAGCGAAGAUGCUCAUACGAGAACAAGUGACGGCUCGUAUCGCGGCUCUAACAGAAGAGGAGAAGAAGAGACAGUCAGAAAUCGUUUAUAAUCAGGUAAUAAACCACCCACACUACAAAUCAGCGAACAGGAUAGCAAUAUUCAUGAGCACGGAUCAAGAAAUCAACACGAUGCCCAUAAUCGCUCACAUCAAGGCAAGAGGCGCUGCGGCCUUCGUGCCGCAGUACGCGGGGGGUAAAAUGAAGAUGCUGAAGUUGGAAGCUGGGGAUGAGACCAGCAUGCCAUUGACGAGACACGGAAUAGCUCAACAUACCAAAGACAUGCAAAGAGAGGACGCUUUAGAAAAAGGAUUAGAUUUAAUAAUCGCUCCAGGUGUAGCGUUUACGAAGAACGGUGGUCGAGUGGGCCACGGUGGUGGAUAUUAUGACAAGUUCCUGGCAAACCUGAGAGCAAAUGAUUCUGUUCCUAAGAUAUUAGCAGUUGCUUUUAAAUGUCAAGUGUUCGAUGAAGUUCCAAUGAAUGAAAUGGAUCAAAGAAUCGAUGGAGUUCUAUUUGCGGACGAUUGAAUCGACUGUGACGUGUGACAACACGACCUAUCCGUGUACGUGUUCUAUGACUUCAACGUCUUCAAUAUGACUAAAUUUAAUAUUUUUGUUUUUUACGUGUGACAUUGCAUAUAAAUAUUAACUGUAUUUUUUUAAUUAAUUUUAUUCUUAAUC